AUGGACGCCUAUUCAGGGUACAACCAGAUCUUCAUGGACCCUGCCGAUAGCGAGCAUACGGCUUUCAUCACCGACCGCGGGUUGUACUGUUACAAUGUCAUGCCUUUCGGCCUGAAGAACGCGGGGGCAACGUAUCAACGGCUCGUCAACCGAAUUUUUGCUAAGCACAUCGGCGGCAUUAUGGAAGUAUAUGUCGACGACAUGUUGGUAAAAAAUCGAGCGGCAGGGGGGGCAUCUGGAAAACCUAGCCCUCAUGUUCGGUAUACUAAAGGACCAUCGAAUGAGGUUGAACCCAACGAAGUGCGCCUUCGGUGUAUCUUUGGGUAA